AUGGCAAUCGAAUGACGUAGUAGCCUGUGACAGUGGUGAUCCGAACCGGCAUCCUCUCCGAGGUCAGACCUGAGGAGUCCGGCCUGAGUAACGGGCUCCUCCUCCCCACCAGCGGGACCGCACCACGUCCACAUCGGCCUCAUACUCCUUACUUCCUUCGGGCGUUGGACCCAACCCUACUCCUCUAUGGCGGCGACCUGCGCGAGCCGCCUCACUGGUUUUGGCGCGCGCUCCCUCAGCGAUUUUGUCGGGCUCGCGACAUUCCAGGGUCUCCGGGGCUGCCGGUCGCGAGCGCACCGCCACCCAAUCAGGCAUCUGUCAUCCUGUGGUAUUCUCAUGACAAGAAACUCUAAAGUAAUCUUGCAAGAUGCCAGCAGUCCUUGUGUUCAGCACUGUCGGAGCUUCCUGGGCUUUGGUGGGCCACUGACCAAUAAACGGAAGGAAUAUUCAGAGAGGAGGAUUAUUGGAUACUCCAUGCAGGAGAUGUAUGAGGUGGUGUCCAAUGUGGAAGAAUACAAACAGUUUGUACCAUGGUGUAAAACGUCGAACAUAAUCUCAAAACGCACAGGAUAUGCUAAAGCACAGCUGGAAAUCGGCUUCCCACCCAUCAUGGAGCGCUAUACAUCCAUUCUCACAUUAGUGCGUCCCCACCUGGUUAAGGCAAUUUGUACCGAUGGACGCCUUUUCAACCAUCUGGAGACCAACUGGCGCUUUAGUCCUGGCAUCCCUGGAUACCCUCGUACAUGCACUGUAGAUUUCUCGAUAUCCUUUGAGUUUCGGUCCCUCCUGCAUUCCCAGUUGGCUACUGUCUUUUUUGAUGAGGUGGUAAAGCAGAUGGUUGCUGCCUUUGAGAGGCGAGCAGGAAAGAACUUUGGCCCUGAGACAGUAAUUCCUCGUGAGCUUAUGUUCCAUGAAAUACACCAGACGUGAUGACCACUGGAGGGCCGCUUGGUACCGGGAGAGAAUGCAAGAAGACAUCAGCGCAAACCAACCCAGAAGUCCACACAUCCACUAUUGAAGAUGUGCCCCUCACCUCCCCUCUACAGCUUUGUGCACUCACUGGGACAUCAAGCCUUUGAACCACACACUUUUUUUUUUUUAUAUAUAUAUAUAUAUAUAUAAGCAAAAUAUUUAUUUAAAGUCACAUCAAAUAUAUAUCAUCAAUUGUCUUCAAUGACGGGACAGAGGUUGGCAUGCUUCACCCCACCAAAACUGGUGCCUCCUGCAUGGCUGAAGCUACUUUUUUUUUUUUUUAUAUAGAGUGUGUUCUUAUAGUAGUUGGUUUUAAGGUGUAUAACAAAGGAUGAUAAACGGUAGGGAAGUCUUUAGAACUGUGAUUAUUUUCAUAUCACAGUGGUAAGAGGACUUAGCAGCACUGAUAGAUUAUUGUGCUUGAAUCUACCUUCUAAUUUUCUGCCCAUUUUUAAUAUGAUAACCCAUGCCUUGGUUAAGCUCACCCAAUUGUGAAAAAAAAAAAUAGUACACUAUUCAUCCCAGAUUCCUCCUCUGCACAAUUUAUAGUUUUCAAAUAGAAAACAGUCUUGUUUCCAUACAUCUCAUAACAAAAUCUGAAACCGUAACCCCAGUGACAAGAUUAUUUUGUAGACGGAGCUGAUCUGCCUGAUGAUCAAUUGGCUACCAUUUAGCAGUAACGUUACUUUCCAAAACAAGAACAGAUUAGGUAUUAUUAAAGUCAAACUUUUCAGGUUACCUCUAGUUAGGUGAGCUAUUGUGAUUUAUGAGGCGAGAAGCAAAACUGGAAUUAGACCAUCAUCAGAAUAAUUGACAAUUUUCAUUUUACUGUCACAUUUAGCAAUAUGCUGUUCUAUGCAAUGUUUUUGCUUGUUCUACUGUGUGCUAGUAGAUGAUCAGUAGGAAGCUACUCUUAUAUUACCAAAUUAGUCUGGGAGGCUUUGUCUGAUUGUGAGUAAAGUUUUUUUUUUUUUUGUUUUUUUUUUGGUUUAGAUUUCUUACACAGACCUCUUGAAGGAAGGAUGUAACUUGUACUGUCCUAGAAACAAAAAGCCAAAUUGUUCAAGUGGAGUGUUUGUAAUUUUGCUUGGAACCCCUCCCCCCACCCCUAGAGAUCCUGUAUAUAAAUAUAGAGGAAUAGUGUAUAUUCUACCAACACAUUCUUGUGCAAAAGUAAAAAUAUAUGUAUAUACAUAUAUCAAACAAAAAAACUAAACAAGCACUCUAGCCCUUUAGUGAAGGGAUGGGAAUUUUGCUGGCUGCCUGCCAAGCUAAAACUGUUUACGGACAAUAAAGUGCAAUACCAUCCCGUCCUUUAUAUUGCUGCUGUAUGACUAGCCAAGAGGUCACAGAAAGGAAAUGAACUCGACCUUCUAGAGUCUUGGGUGUUUGUGCUGAUAUAUUGAGCUGGAGAACAUCAAUACCUUUGGUGCUCUGGAGAUGCAUCUAGUAGAAAACCUGUUAAUUCCCAUCAGCAUGUGCGGCUAAAAGCAAUUGCAGUUAUUUUCUUAUAGGUGGGAGGAGAGUCCAGGACCACUUGUCAUUAAACUUCUCCUCGUUACUAAUGCAGGUGGAUUUGUUAUGCUUUGCAACUAAGGUUGGGGAAGAAUUAUAGGGAAAACCAACAGAUCUUCUUAAAAACAUGUUGUCUCUCUACCUCCUGCCGGUGUAUCUGUCCAGUUCUUUCCUUUUUUUCUUUUUUUUUUUUUUUUAAAUGUAGAGCUGUCAAAACAAACACAAGGGACUCCUUUCAAUAAAACAACAAACAUUUGUAAAGGUGCUA